UUGGUGUGAGCUUCGGAAGGUGUUUUCCUUGGCAAUAAGAAAUCUGAUUAGGUAGUUUGUGCCCAGCAUCUGGCAAUUAUUCAACAAGUGUGAUGGCAGUAGGUGAGAAUGAAGAGGCUGUCGCGCUAUCAUCAGAUAACAAGGUGAAAUUUUUAUGCAGCUAUGGUGGGAAGAUAUUACCGAGACCAACAGAUGGUCAGCUCAAAUAUGUUGGUGGUGAAACCCGUGUUGUCGCAGUUUCUCGUGACAUUAACUUCUCAGAGUUGAUGAAGAAAAUACGAGCAAUAUACAACGGAGACGUAGUCCUCAAAUACCAGUUGAUACCUGAAGAAAUGGAUAUCUUAGUGUCUGUAACAAGUGAUGAGGACCUCCAACACAUGCUCGAUGAACACGAUCGUCGUGACACAAAGUCGACUGAAAGCAGUGGAUUGCCGAGAUUGCGAGCAUUCUUGUUUUCCCCCAACCCAGUUGUAGUUGAAAGCCAAGCAGCGACCACUAACAACACCAUGGACAACCAAGGACUCGAGCAGCGCUAUAUUGAUGCCAUCAAUGGAGUUGUACGCAGCACCCCCAUCAAUACAAAACGAACCUCCGGUAGCAUAAGCCAUCCCAGCACCAGCUAUUCAAUUUCAUCUAGUGGCUCAUCCCCUAAAUCAGUAGCCCCAGAGAGCGUUUCCACCGACCAUAAUGUAUCAAUUGAGCACUCGAGUGAUCAACAUCUUGGUCAAAGGCGUUUUAUGCAGAGGGUCCAUAGUUCACCCAACCUGUCCAGUCUUGCCAAUGCCAACACUAGCUACCCUAAUCCCAGUCAACAACACCAGAAACAAUUCCACCCCUGCUACCCCCCCUCAACCUCAAGAUUACCAACCCCAUUUAAGGGUGGUGGUGGAGGUGGACACAGAAGGCUAUCAGGCGGCCCAAAUGAGCUUGGAAGAAGACAGUUGGGUCCUUGCCAGAGCUGUUAUUACAACCCAACAAGGUGGCGUGGGGGAUGCGCUGAUUGUGGAUAUAUUGGUGACAGUGGUUUUCACCAGAGUGGGGGUUUUGAAAUGGCAGGUGGAUUUCCUCCCUAUCCCAUUAGGUCCAAACCAUGGGAUUAGGGCAAGACCGUGUUUUCCCUUGUUUCGUUUUCUGGGCGGU